AUGAUUUCUUCUCUGUUGACCAAGCUCUUGAAAAAAUAUGUUCCAUUUAUUUGGACCGAGAAAUGCCAAGAGAGUUUUGAAACUCUAAAGAAGAUUUUAACGGGAGCACCAGUGCUGGUACAACCAGAAUCUGUUAAAGAGUAUGCGUUAUAUAGCGAUGCACCUCAUAAUAGUUUAGGUUGUGUACUUAUGCAAGAAGGGAAGGAAAAUGUAGUAGCAGAUGCACUUACUAGGAAGACUUUUACAGCUUUGCGAACUUUAAACGUGUGUUUAUCUUUAAAGGAAAAUGACGCUCUGCUGGUUGAAUUAAGGAUAAAGUCGAUGCUUCUAGAUCGGAUAAAAGAGAUAGAAAAGAAAGACGGGAGAUGCUUGGAAAGGAUUUCACAAGUGGAAAAAGGGAAGGAAAAUGUAGUAGUAGAUGCACCUAGUCGAAAGACUUUUGUAGCUUUACAAACUUUAAACGCGUGUUUAUCUUUAAAGGAAAAUGGCGCACUAUUGGUUGAAUUAAGAAUAAAUCUGAUGCUUCUAGAUCGGAUAAAAGAAAGACGGGAGAUGCUUGGAAAGGAUUACACAAGUGGAAACGGUGAGACUAAAGACUUAGAAGUCAAGUCUGAUGGUUGUUUACAUUACCGAGGAAGAAUAUGCAUUCUGCAUGAUGAUGAGUUGAAGAAAUACAUCAUUUCUUAA